UUAGUAACAAUAUGUUUUGAUUUCAUUAAAACUGUCUUACCGUUGUUGUGCACUGUGACAGUUACCACUAACUACUAUCUAUUUUAAUAACACAAUUAGAUCACGGAUACGCAUGACAACCCAUAACGUGAGCAAGAGAGUAACUGGAUUUGCAUGAUAAUAGAGUUAUGUAGUGAAAUGGCGCUAUAAUGAGUGUUGAUAACUAUUGUUAGCUACAGUAAAGAAGUUUUAAAAGUACUUAAAAUGGCAGAGGUAGCGACUUUACGAAUACUUGCUAUAAAUUUCAUUGGUUUAAUUAUAACUUCAGUAAUAUUUAUAUUACAUCGUUACUUUAUGAGUCCGGUUCAUGUCGUGUUUUUAUGCAACGAUGAAAGUCUCAUGAAACCUUUACAUCCACACGAGAGAACUAUAUCUACAAAAACAAGAAGUGUCACUGCUCUCGCAAUUGUGAUGGUGAUUAUAGUUGUGGAUAUUUCAACAUAUUGGUGUUCUCCCAGUGAAGGGAAUAAAAGUAAUGAUGAUGAGAUUGUCCUAUCAAUUGGUAAAAUCAAAAUUAAGGCCUGGGUUACACGAUUGUGUAAUCGGGUCAUUAUAGCCAUUGGUGGAUUCCUGUUGAACGAAUUUAUGUUAAAUUUGAUCAAGUGCUCAGUAGGAGAACUACGACCAAACUUCUUAACACAAUGUCAACCUGAUUACAGCAAAGCGAAUUGUUCUGCUGGUUACGUCACAUCUGACAUAUGCACUCAACAUGUUCCUGACGCAGAAAGAUUCUCUUUUCCCUCGGGAGUUGCGCAGGCGUCGUUCUAUGGUAUGACCGUCAUAGUACUAUACAUCCACUACACUAUCUACUCGAGAAAAUUUGUUUUGAUUUUAACAUUAAUCGAACUCAUUCCAAUAACGUUGGCUUUGGUGUAUUCAUGUUACAUGAUCACGAUAUAUUUACACUUUUGGUAUGAUGUGCUAGCCGGGUUCAUAUUCGGGGUGAUGCUUGGAUGGCUGACGAUUUACAUUCUGUUAAACUUGCCAGAAGACGAACAAGACGUUCAGCAUGCUAGAUAUCAUCAACAAUUUCUCUUGCAACAAAUUGAUUACAAAGCAAGCUUAGAUUACGAAUAUGAAAAAACCUUAAACGAACAGUUAAAGUCACUUUUAGAAAAUAAAUAAUAAUGUUAACAA